CCUGCAGCCAGUCACGAGCCGUGUCGUCGGGACUCCGAAAGAGAGACGAUAGAGGGAGCGAGAGACAGAGAGAGAGAGAGAGAGAGAGAGAGAGAGGGAGAGAGCGAGAGAAAGAGAGAGAGAGAGAGAGAGAACGCGCAGCGUGCUAGCAGGGGAAGAAAGUGACAGUGUGUCGUCAGUUCUCGUUCGGACACUGCAGCGUGGAUCGUGCGACCAGCCGGGACCGUGUUGAUAUCGUGUACACACGAUGAUUAGAGACAACUGAGAGGGAGCGAGAGAAACUUUACACUCACGGUGACUUCUCGUGAUUACCAACAGCCGAAGGACAGAGAAACGGAGUAACAGGAUCCAGGAAUGCGCGGAUUCGUAGAUCGUAAAAUGUGCGGUGUGCUCGGUUGACUGUCGUAUUCGAUAACACGUUUGCUUGGUGACGAUUGUGCGACGGGAUUUGUUACACGGUGACUCUGCCUGCCGAAUUCCCCCGAGAACCAGAGCCGAGACGGAAACGCAGGGACGUUUGUUUUCGUGUGAGAAACAGUGAUCGUUGGUGUGCAGUCGCAGUCAUUUCAACAAGUGGUGCUGAUUCGGAGUACCCCUGACUCGGGACAACACGUACAGACUUAUCCUACCGGAGAGCGUAUGAUCGAGGGACGAUCAAAACCGCUACACAUGUCACAAUCCCGAAGAAGGUCCAUUGGAGCGGUGGCCGUAUAGUCUUCGCCGCUGCACAGUGAGCGUGGUGUAGCACGGUGUCGGACGUUCGACCGGUACAUCCCGGCCGAAGAAGCGGUUCGCCCGUUUUGUUCUUAACGUCGACCGGUCCCUGUAAAAGCACCAAGCUGUACGGGCACCGGGAAGAAGACAUGCUCACGAUGGAGUCGGACCUGAAGGGUGGCAGUUUACACGCUCAAAUGCCACCGCACCCUCAUCAGGGUGUUUCUCCGAUGGGUCAUCAUACAGGGGUCUCGCCGUACGGUAGCCUGGGUUCGAUAGUGCACAGCCCGGCGCUGUCCGGCAGCCCGCCGAGCGCCGGAGGCCUGGGACUCGGUCUCCAGCAUCAUCAUCAAACAUCCCAGCAUCACUACGCUUCGAUGCAGGCCGCGCAACAGCAGCAGCAACAACAGCAGCAGCAAAGCAUGCACUCAUUGGCGCAACAAGGUGGCGGGCAACAGCAGCAACAGCACCAUCCCCAUCAGCAGCAACAGCAGCAAGCCCAGCCCCAGCAACAUCACCAAGCGCCGAAUAACAACAACAACACCAGUAAGAACAACAACAUAGAUCGGGUGAAGAGGCCGAUGAACGCGUUCAUGGUGUGGUCCCGGGGACAGCGGCGCAAGAUGGCGCAGGAGAACCCGAAGAUGCAUAACUCCGAGAUUUCGAAGCGGCUCGGCGCCGAGUGGAAGUUGCUCAGCGAGACGGAGAAGCGGCCCUUCAUCGACGAAGCGAAACGAUUGAGAGCAGUACAUAUGAAGGAGCAUCCGGAUUACAAGUACAGGCCGCGACGCAAGACAAAAACGCUGUUGAAGAAGGACAAGUUCCCGUUGGGCAGCGGUGUGCCCGGGGUUGGAGGUAUGCUGGGCGUCGAUCAGAGACAAGUCGGGACGACCGGUGGUCCCCAACAGGCGCAGCUCUCCCGUGACGUUUAUCAGAUGCCCAAUGGAUACAUGCCGAAUGGAUACAUGAUGCACGAUCCGACGGCGGCGUACCAACAGCACGUCGCUUACGGAAGUCACAUGGGCGGCGCGGCCGCCGCGGCCGCUGCGUCCGCCGCCGGCUACCCCAGGUACGACAUGGGACACCACAUGGGCGGCGGCAGCCCGAGCCCCAUCAACAGCUACAUGAACGGUUACGGUGGAUACGGCAGCACCACUGUGCCCGGCGGAUCGCCAUCCCCCUAUCACCAAGCGCAGCCCGGAUCUCAGAUGUCCAGUCACAGUCCGAGCGGUAGCAGUAUAAAAUCUGAGCCGACGAGUCCGGCGAGCGGCGGGAUACACACGCCGACGCCCACGGGAGCAUCGUCAACGGCCGGGGCCGGUGGCCAAGUCGUGAAGCGAGAAUACAUGGGCCAGCAGCAGACGCAGCAGUCACAGGGCGACCUUAGACAGAUGAUCUCGAUGUAUCUGCCGCAGGGUGUCGAUCAGGGGGUCGUGCAACACGGAGCCGGCGUCUACUCGCCAGGGCCGUCGCCGGACCCGCUCGCACAGCAUCAUUCCGCCAUUCCGCCUCUAACUCACAUGUCGGAGAGUGACCGUAAAAUGUUGAAUCCAGAAACCGGCUGCUACUCGGAGUCCGUACGCGCAUGGUACCGGUACCCCGAAGAAGUCCGCAGACUAGCGUCCAGCCAAUACUGCCUGGGCUCGUCGUUAUCCUGAAACCAGGAACCGGACGGGGACCUUUAACUCUGACUUCCCGCACGACAGAUGAGCGCGGCGAUCACCGGAGGCAAAUAGAGCGGCGGGAUAAAUCAGUUAGCGCGAUAAAUUGAAUCGAAUCGACGAUGGGACUGAUCGAAUCGCGCGUCCGAAGUGUCCGUAGACGCCGCGGCUAUUAAUCAGCGACGGCUCGCGUCGUCCGUUUCGCCAGCAGCGUGUGAUUAUUGUCGCUAUUAUUAUCAUCCGUCCGACGAACGAGAUCGACGAACGGUUAUCAUUACCGGAGAUCCAUGAUUAUCAUUAUUUACGGCGUGGCGGACCGCCCGGCUGAAUAAUUCAUGCGCAACCCGCGGGCUUCCUCUUUCUUUACCCCUCUAACGAACGAAAGGCGGCCCGACGCGGCGCGGAAUCUCCGCUCAUUUUAAAUAAUACACGUCGAAUGUAACCGUAAGACAACACAAUUUUAUAUUUUACCUUUAAGCAAUCCGUUCGUGUUUUAAUUGUACAAUCGUGGAGCACCGUCUCGAACGAGAGGAGGCCGUUUCUCGAAUGGUGAAGCGGUAGUCGUGACUCGAAACACGGGAUUUCGAAGGUACAACGGGAGAGAGAGCGGUCUCAUAUACUGUUUAACAUUCAGGAAGAAAAGAGAGGAGCCAAUAGGGAUACUGACAAUUUACGGAACGGCUGGCUUCUUCCCCUUUCUGCUGUUUUCUCGUUAAUUAUUCCAGGCGUGCGCGUAUGCCGACGGAAUAUACGCGAUCGUAGAUAGACGGAUGCGCGCGAUCGACGCAACGUGACGAUCGUUCGCGAGACAACAUCUCUAGAGUCGCAGCUAUACCGUGAGACAAAUGUACAUACAGGUGGAUAAAUAAAA